AUGUCCGUGUGCGAUGCCUCCCUCGCGCACAGAGGAGUACAACCCCCUGCAUGUCCGCCAUGGUGCCGCCCCGCCACGACCGGGGUGGCGCGCUGUCGGCCCACACCAUCAGAUGUCCCCGUGCCGACCGCGACCAACGCGCCUGCCGUCUUGGCACACAGUCCAGACGACGCCAAAGGUAACCCCACCGUUGCGCCGUCUCGCUCACACGCUUGCGUAUUCGCAUGCGAGCAGGAUAUCCCGCGCCGUCACGCACACGCGCCCCGAGCCUGCGUGAUGGUAUUGACCGGUCUUGUAGAGGACGAGGACGAGGACGAGGGCGAGCCUGCGCGCUGGCACUGCACCUCCCCCAUCGCGCGCGCAACGUGCGAAACAAUAUGCGCGUCCUCUGCCAUGCAUCCCGCGCUGUGCCGCAGCCUCGCUCGCGACUCGGGAUCUCCCGGGAGCGACGCCGGUCUGCGUGCCGCCCUGCGGGUGGGUUGCCAGGCGGACGACUGCCCGCGUCGCGCGCACGGCACACAGGACAGGACGCCACGGGAUGCGGAUAUGGGCGUGCGCGCGGUUGGCGGAUUCUCCGUGCAGGGAUGCACGUCUGGUCCGAUAGUGGAAGACGCCGCGUCGAACACGCGAGAAGCCCAGGCGCGCGCCCCGGCGGAGAUGCGCGUGGCUCGGGUGUUGGCGCUGCGGAAGGCUACGCGAGCGGCUGCGUUACGUACGCGGCGGGCGCGGGAGAGGGAGCGUCCGCUUCCGCGCGAGACUCGAUCGGGUCUCACAACCCUGCCUGAUGUGUGCGCGGAGCGAUCUGUGGCGCUGCGCUUCGCGUCCUGUGCGCGCUCGACGAGUGCGCUGAGGGAGGACGUGGAGUGCGAGACUGUCGGACAACGGGCAACGGAGGCGGGGACGAAAGGAAAAGGGAAACGGCGCACGAUACGAGGCCGUUGCGCGAGGACAGAGGACGUCAAGACGAGGCCGUCGACGGUGCGAGAUGGACGGCAAGACGCAGGGACAGAGGGCAGCGGAGACGACUGCGCGCAUGCAGUGAUGGGCUCACCUGGCGCAACGCAGCUGAGGGGGCACAGGAGAGAGCUCCCCAAGUCGAUGAGAGGGACUGGCGAUCGCCAAUGGUCGUGGAUUGCGAGUCGCGCACACGGGCGCGCGUUACGCGAUGAGCUGCAUGAGAGAGCGUCGCUGCCGAUGUGGAGAGGAUGCGACGACCAGCGUCUGCGGCGGAAUGAACGCCUCGGGAUGAUGGUAGGGGACGUGCGAGCGUCCCGCGCGAGAGACGAGCUAGGCAGUGAGAGGCAGCAUCGACAGUCGGACGCCAGACGCCAGGUCGCAGUGGUCUCGACCGCUGGUCACGAAUUCCGCAUCAACCUCGCUUGCGCACAAAUAUUCUCGGAUCGAUCUGGCUUCCUUUGUGAAUGCGUCUCUCGCCGUCAUGGAUCGCGUCUCGAAAUUGCGCGAGGCGAUGGACCCACCGUGUUCACCAACGUUAAGGAAAGUACCGGUGUAGACAGCGACACCGAUCUCAUUCUGACCGCAUGGAAGGCUGUAAGCAGAUCAGGCUCCGAGGCGGGGUGGUCAGGGUGGCGCAUGAAGACAUUCGAGAAGAGAUCGACGAAGAACAGAAUAUCACAUUGCAUCGAUAGGCGCUACUGA